GUACUGACUUCCAGAUUUCGUGUACUGUAAACUCUCUAGGCAUUGUAAACUUUUGAGGUUGAAGUCAAAGUUGUCACCAGUUGUGACCGGUCGACGCCCUUCUCCUUUUUGCGUUUUUAAGUGGGGAGGUGGCGGAAACCUAGGCAACCGAAUUUCUGCCUAUGCUCUAGCUUCCGCGACUGGGUACCCAUCAGGGACGCGUGCUCCUGACAUCUGCUACUGAAGGCGUACAGGCGAGAAUUAUUAAUAUCGACAAGUUCGGGGAAGACUCCAUCAUGGCCAGAUUUGUGCUGUCAUCCGGCACCUGGUAUGUUAUUCGCAAACUCACCUUUUAUGCAUGUAGUUAAGAUUGUAAUCUUCUCCCUUGCAGGUUACCUGACAAAUCAUCAUCCUUUGAGUAAACAUUUUGCACUUUACUCUCUUUAUACUGAAAAUCGCCGGUAAUCAAGUAGUGAAAGGGCUAAUGAUUCAGACGAGAACUUCAGAAACAUUACUGAGGUAAGGAAUGUCUGUCAAGAAGUUUUGAUCUUUCAUCUUCGGUCUCUAUGAGCUCUUGGAAUUUACUACCUGAAUCUUUCAGCAGAAGAGGCUGAGCUAAAGUUCACUUCCCUCGAUUUAAUAAUUUAGCUUGCGGUUAACCUAUCACGAUGCCUGCAAACAUUCUUGACUUGGACAGAUGCCAACUGAUGGAAUAACUCUUUGCUUUUACGGUCUAAGCGCCAGGCUGCAAUGGCUCCUGUAUAUGGCGAGCGUUUGUGAUGGGUGUCCCAAAACUCGCUUUAAUUUUUGUCAACACUGUUAAUCGCGACAGAGGAAACGUGGCUUUGGCAGGCCGGUCAUGGGCAUGGGCUAAUCACCGAAAUGCUAAUCGUCCGAAAUGCAGGUGAACACAGAUGCAGGAAAUAGUGUCAUUCGCUGACGUUGUCUGGUGACUUCGAAGAGGAGAAUCGAGCCUUGGCCUAGGAAACUGGAAGUUAAAUAUGCGGGAUCUGCGACAAAACUUCACAACCUGGAAAUAUUCAGCGAAUAUUUGAAGGAGAAAGCGUUCCGGCAGAUGUCGUGUUUGAAGGGGUUCCAAUCAGCGAAAUGUAGCGGAGAUUAUUAGUCCAGUGCUUUCAGAAGGGAGAAAGGACACUUAAUACGUGAAAACAUCAUGAUUUACAGGAGGAAUUUUUUAUAUUCCUCUGCCCGUUGCCUACGCCAUAUCAGAUCAAGGUGCUGCCACUGAGAGAGAACAUUCUGGACCCAAUAUGUAACCAACCAACCAACUACAACGGCUAUUCCAAUUAGACCAAUUAAAGACAUUCCGCCUAUUCACGCGACAUAAAGCUGUAUUUAUGAGUUUACACGCAGCUGUGGAUGCAAAUACAUCGGACGCAUGCAAAGGCAAGUGACAGCUCGGUCAGCUGAAAACAUGCCGAAGUGGCUGCUAAUGGCGAUAAAUAAGGUACCCAGAAGUUGAGUUGUUGAGCGUCUAAUGAGCACGGGCCGUACGGUGGACCCAAGGACGACUGGACGUCUCCCGCAAUUUACAGAGGCCGCCGAAAUACGGAGGAUAAGACUAGAACUCUGAAAACUGCUGGAUCACGUGAUCAACCUCACACAGUCACAGCAAGGAUCGAUAAUGGACGUAACCCCAUUCACACACUUGCCCUCUCACUCCCCCACGUACAACUGACUGCUGCCACGCGCGUUGCAGUUUUAAUCACGUUCGACAGGUUUUCACUGUAAUCUGAACUAGCUUGUUUAGAUGAUUUUCCUUCCCAUUCCCUUUGUCACGCGUACCACAUAUCAGGCAAAAAAUCAAUGCCUUAUUUACCCAUCACCUUUCAUCCUUCUAGGUCGACCUCCAGUUGAACAAUUUACCUUAUAAAUACGCUAUGACCGUGUGCAGUUGAAUAAGAGGCCCCGAAAUUUUAUGACAUCGUUAGAUUCUGCGUAUUUCGUUGCCUUUUCUUUGUUUAGAAUCCAAUCCAUCCCUUUCACCACCAUGUUGAUACCCGGUUUUUAAUACCAGUGAAGACAGUUUCGAAUCUAAUCACAAACAACAAUAUGGACUAUGCAAGUUAGCCCUUUUUAAAGCACAUUAGAAUGGUUAAGGAAAGUGUGAAUUUACUGAACCUUUCUCAAAUUAAAGUCCGCCGAAAAAUGUUCCUCAUGCUUCUGUUCUAAUGCUGUGUGAAAAUUUCUGCUGCCCCAUGUUAAACCAAAGUACCGCAGAAGGUCACCGGUCAAAAGUAUACUCACGAAUUCUGGUGUAGUGUGGAUUACUUGCAUAGGAUUAUUGGGAGAGCAAUCUGUGAUGAAAGAACCCGGUACAGUUUGCCAGUUAGGAUGAACUCAAGAGUGUGAGUUUUCAUCAUUUGAAUCCUUGGAUGCCGGUAAGUUGCAUUUGGUGUUGCGAGACAAAGUGCGUCAUCAAGCACCCUAUCUAUCCUUCUUGCCCUCUGCUCACAGCAACCCCUUUCGCCUAUGCGGGAUUCUGAUCUGUGCCUCAUGACACUGCCCUCGCCAAGCCUGAACUUUCAAGGGUAAGGGGAAACCACACUAACAGCACAGGUACUAGCCAGAAGCCCGUACACGCGUUUUUCGCCGAUAUUCUGCCACCGCAUGACACAGCUGCGAGGGUUUCGGCUCAUCCGUGGGUUCCUCAGCAUUUCCCGUCUGCUUUCUGGUAGAGACUCCAAUCUAGAAAUUGUUACUUUUUAGUUUUAAAAAAUUGUUGUUAAAUUUAAUGAAUAUUACGCGGUUACCAGCUGCGGCUGAUGGACGUCGGCCCAUAUAUUCAUACAUCAACAUUUCGGUCUGCGUUUAUGGGCCUAGAAUUUACUGAUCUACUCCAAGUUCGCAGUGAAUUUCUGAGGAGAUUAAAAAGCAACAAUUCCCGAAUUUUCUGACUGGGAGGAGAGAGUUUAGUUCGGUGAGGCUACGGCAGACAUAAUGCAGGGAAAAUUGCGUCGAUGCCAACUUCCACGGCAACAAAAGAGGUGAUUUCGUAGAAUGGCAGUCAUGGUAAAUACAAUAAUCGCAAAAAGACAAUGAUAACAAUGACUGUGAACUCAGCAGGUGGGAGCCGCAAACGGGACAGAUCGAUCGCCUUGGCAACAAUAAUAAAUGGGUAACUGUCUUUGGGGCGAUUUUUGGAAGUUCAUGCCUGGAAAUCUCGAGUAGGGUGCGUUCGCGUUAGAUAUAGCGGAAACCAGAAGCUGACUGAGCUAUUAUUCGUUUUAACUUUUGACUAUACUUUUACAUAUUUGAGGAAGACUCACUCAAGGCACUAAAGUCCUAGUACGGGAUUCGAGAGCGGUGCUUACCAGUGCUGCUACCAGUAUUAUGAUGAAAAUCUGACUAAAUUUCGUACCUUCCCCCAUCCUCAUCCUCUUAGGGAAAGACUAAAGUAUACGGGCAUUCAUUAGAAAACAGCGUCAAAGACGGUGGAGUAAAUUCAGAGCAAAAAACUGAACAAAUUAUUUUGCUGCCAAAAUUGCGAAAAAAUUCUGUCUACUAACAAGGAGUGCUCAUUGUUUAAACGUUUAAUACUGCAUAUUUUAGGUCAAACAACCACAGAGAUGAUAGAGAAAUGCAAUUUUUACUUGUCUCAAUAUUAUUUACUUAGAGAUACAGAGGCGCCGCGGAUGCUGUAUCUAAAUCCGUAUUAGUUGUCAGUAAACGUGGUCACGGAGAUUGCCGUUCAAAGGAACGACUCAAAUUGCUGGUCUAAUGUUGUGUUCUCAAGUAUUCUCAACGUUUUCAUGACUGACUGCCUGAGGAUACGCUUAAGUCAGUUAGCAUCAGAGGGCACUCGAGAGAGAGCCUUGCUUGGUUUUCCAAACACAGCAUUCUCACCUCGGAAACUGUGUUUUCUUUGAAGACUCCCGGGUUUCGACUGUAUGUACCAGGUACAAUUAAACUGUAUGUUAACGUAUAAAUAAGAUAAACACAGGAAGGGAUACAGACAAAUACAAAGGAGCUCGGAAUGGGCAUAUCUGGCCUAUUAACUGUUGUCAGUCCUUCAUACCAAAACCCAGGUUUUGCUGGUCCAGAGGUUCGAACUAUUGAAAAUAUCGGUGAACGUCCUGCCACCAUAUAUAGAUACUUCCGCCGUCGUUGCCAAAGAUGUCUACCGUGUGCUCCACAGCCUGGUAAAGUAGGCACGGUGAUUUGCGCAUGGUCUAGUUUACAGUGAAUGUAGACUUGCACAACUUUUACCGCACUCUCUCCUCCUCGACCUGGACCCGGUGUCAAGCCAUAGUCAAGAAGACCAAAGCCGGGGGAGGACGCAAAUGGAUGGCGCAGUCGAGCCCAACCUUGGCGUUCCACUCCACACCCCCAGAUCCACACAACAAAUAACCAGGGUUUUUGACCAUCAACAACAUCAAAGAGAGUGGAGGUUGGCACUGCCGGAGCCGCACCUAGACGUGCCACCACACCUGGUUAGGAUCCCGCGAAGUAAGAGUGCCAUAAAGUUCACAUUGCGAAAGAGCCAUUGCAGCCUGAUUCAUAGUUCACCAGCCGCUCACUCUACACAGACACACAAUACUAGGCCGACUGCGAGAUCCAAGUUAUCCCGUCAGUUGACAACCUUCAAAGCUACGGCUUUUAGCGCACCGUGAUAGCUUCAAGUGCGUCUGAUUGUUUGUAGUGAUGAAAAUCCGCUGAGCCGCUUCAACCUGACACUCAGCCUACCAGUCCGCCACUCCACUCAAAAACAUACAACUGGGCAGACUGCGUGGGCUGACUUGGGGCGUCAGUCAGCAGUCCUCCAAGCCACGACGCUUAAGACGCCGCGAUAGUCUCAGACUCCAGUCACACACACAGUAGGCGGGCCGUAUGGAGACGGAGUCAGGACGUACACUUCCCACUUGCGGGGGAGGAUUCAAUUCGAUGCAUGUGGUGGGGGAUGUUGAUGUGUGGCGAGAUGCUGUUGAGGGAGAAUGUCGUGGUGUGAUGCAGACGGCGGUUGUCUACCGCAGGUUUUCGUGGAUGCGCAUGUGGCUUAAUAGACCCAUGUCGUGAAUAAAUGUGCGAGCGCAAUGUGGACAGUGGAGGCGGAUGCGACGAGUGUAGUCUAGUGCCCGAGGCACUGGUGUGCCAGUCUCUGUGCGAUGUAUCCGUAAGUGACCGACCAGGCCGAUGCGUGAGUUGAAGGUGCGGUCGAAAUAAGGACAGAUCUGGAUCGAGUUCACAUCGUUGGCGUUGUUGGUGGGGGAGGGUUAAAGUUUACCGGUGUAUCGGGAUUGUGCGCAUUGGUGGUGGGUACAGGUGUCGCCGUAACGGAUGGUGAGGCAACGGAAGAGGAGGAGGAGAGGGGGUUGGGAGUAGGGGUUCGGGAGUACGGUCAAUGUUAGUUGUCAGCGUGGAGGAUGAGACAGAGUACGACGGGGAGACAGCGGCUGGCGUGGGCCGGCUGUUGCAGUUGGUAUGAAGAUGUCUUACAAAGCCGACUGUCGUCCGCAACCCCCGCUGGCAGCGUCUGCAUGUCGGGGGUGGUUGAGCGUUGGCGUCGCGGGGUGAACGCAGUUGAGAUUUGCGAACCUCGCGUUUGACUUUGGCGGCGGUGAUGCGGUUAGCUUUGUAAAUCCCCGCGCCUGUCUCCGCUGUCCUCCUCAAGGUCGAUCGGUCGGUCGCGGGCGAGGUCUUCCGCGUUGGUGGGAUUGAUUUACAGGCGUUUCAGGGAGGACUUCAGAGUAUCCUUGUAUCGACGAGUUUGACAUGCUUGGCGACGGGAACCCGUGGAGACGUCUCCAUGGAAGACCCGUUCGUGUGUGUGGUCCCGCGAUGACGGCGGAAGCCGCACUGGUUUUCCGGCAAUAGGCGUUGUUCUAGGUGAUUAUUCUGACGGUUGAAGAGGAUGCGAGCCAAGGUCUUCCCAGCGACGUUCAGCAAGCAGAUGCCACGACGGUUGUCGCACAACUGACGGUUUCCUUUCCGAUUGUAAAGAUGCACUACUGUAGCGUCCUUGAAAUCCUACGGGACGUCUCUUUGAUGCCAAUUCUCCUAGAAGAGCGCAUUUAGACAAUCCAUUAUUUGGGGGCCACCGUGCUUGUGGAUCUCUGCAGCGAUGGUGUUCGAUCGGGGCGCUUUUACGCUGGAGAGCUGCUGCACGGCCCUGAUGGUUUCAUGGAGAAAGGGCGGGAAGUCGAGGUCGACUCUGCUCUCCACUUGCGGCAGACGGGCGAUAUCGACGUCGGAGAUGGUGGGGGGAAAGUUGAGGACGCAUCUGAAGAGCUGGGCUCAUCGCCGUAGAAUUUGUGUCUUCUCGAUGAGUAGGGUACUGCCGUCGACGCUGAGAAGAGCAGCAGUGUCUUUGGUCGGCGGAACAUAGACGGUUUUGAUCGCGGAGAAGAAGUUCUUCCAAGUUCUUUGUGCGGCUCCUGUUGCACGGGUGACACGAGGCCGACAUGUGAAGCGCCGUGAAUAGGAAGGCUGCUGAUUGACGUCCCCACUCGGUCCACACAGUCUGUUCUGUUUUAUGUGUUGUGUGGAGUGGCGGACUGGUGGGCUGGGGGCUGGGCCGAUACAGCUCCUUCCAAGGCCCUAUCACGCAAGUGAGAGACGCCGUUAAAUCCCCUUUGAGCGAAAUCUUGGUGUAUGUGUGUGUGUCUGGGGGGCCAGGUCGUGCACGUGGCGCACGCACGCCUGGUCAGUCGACCAUGCCAGCCACCGCGCCUAUUCCCCACUCCAGUCUGCUGACCGGCUCGGACAGUGGCUGGGGUGUAGGAGUGGGAAGGAAGAGUGAGAUCGACGACUCAGCGCACUUUCUCCUCACUAUAAACAAUCUGACGCGCUUGAAGCUAUCACGGUGCGCUAAAAGCCGUGGCUUGGACGGUUGCCAACUGACGGGACAAAUUGGACCUCGCAAUCGGCCCAGUGUUGUGUGUGCUGCAGUUUUGGAGUGGCCGGCGGGUGGUCUGAGAGUCAGGCUGCAAUUGCUCCUUCUUAAUGUGCCCUUUAUGACACUCUCACUGUGUGGAAUCCGAGCCGGGCGUCAGCGGCACGCCUGGUUGCGGUUUCGGCCGUGCCAGCCUCCAAUCUCAUUUGUCUCGGUCAAAAACCUGGUUAUUUUUUAUGUAGACCAGGGGGUGUGGAGUGGUACGCCAAGGUGCAGACCCCACCGUGCCAUCCACCUGCGGGCUCCCUCAUCUCCUGUCUUGACUCCGGGUUCAGGUGGGGGAGGAGGAGAGACCGUGGGAGAUGCAGCUCAAGUCUACCGAUACUAUAAAGCCGGCGCGAGUCACCGUCCCUGCUCCCAACAUCUGCUGUGGGCACACGGUGGACAUAGUCGAAAUCGACCACCGAAAUAUCGUGUGUGUGUGUGUGUGAGACUACGCCUAGCGUCCAUUUGCUGGCACCCAGCUCUCACCUGUGGUACCACGUAGCUGGGCUCUGCUUGGCGGCCACAGCCCGGUCAACCGCCUCGACUCGUGGGCUAAGCCAAAUGAGGGUAUCCGUGUGUGCAUCUGCGCGCACGACACUUUGAACUCCGCUGGCCGGAUGGAUCUUCGAGGAGACAUCGUCGAGACGAGGUUCCGUUUGGACCACCGCAGGAGGCCGCAAUGCUAGUCAGCCCUCAGGUAAGCGAACGUCGCUGAACGUUUCCGCCGCCGCCGCCGCCGCCGCCGCCGCCGCCGCCGCCGCCGCCGCCGCCGCCUCGCAACGCCAACGAUCAACCGGCUCCAACAUGUCCACGAUGUCUGCGGACAUGCCGGGUGCCAAUUAA